AAAGUUAAAUUCUUUGUCUUUCCCAAAAAUGAGACUACGUAUCCGACAUGCUAAAGGAUUGUUGACAAUUUCUGAUGUAACAUUAGAGCAAUCUGUAUUGGAACUCAAAAAAUGUAUUUCUAAAUCUAUUGGUCUAGCUUCAAACCAAGAUGUCGAAAUAUCCGGAGGAUAUCCCCCCAAACCAAUAUCUGACAACACCAUCUCAUUGAAAGAUGCUGGACUUAGAGAUGGCGACACUCUAAAUAUUAAAAUCUUGGACACUGUAGUUGCGCCCGUUCAUAAGGAAAAUAGUACAACCGUGAAAGAAGGCAUUGUGGAAACUCCCACUGGAUUUUUGACACUCCGAGUGAUGGAUGAUGAUAAUUCGUGUUUGUUUAGAUCUAUCGGCUACGUUUUAAAAAGAGAUACUACGAUAUCAAAAGAUCUCCGUCAAGUUGUUGUCGAAGGAAUUAAGUCUGAUCCCAUCACGUAUUCUGAUGCAACUUUAGGACAACCUAGAGACAAAUACAUGGAUUGGAUUCAAAAGCCAAACGCUUGGGGAGGUGCAAUUGAAUUAGCUAUACUUUCGUCUCAUUUUGGCAUAGAAAUAGAUAGUAUAGAUGUUCAAACUGGUCGUGUGGAUAAAUUUGGAGAAGGAAAAUACGACGAGAGAGUACUGAUAGUAUACAGUGGUAUUCAUUAUGAUGCGUUAGCACUAGCUCCUACCAGCGACAGUCCUAUGGAUUUUGAUCAAACACGAUUUUCUGUUACUGACGAAUACAUAUUAAAAUCUUCUUCAGAACUCGUUAAUGGGUUGAGAAAGUCUCACAGGUUUACGGAUAUCGCUAAUUUUACCUUGAAAUGCGAACAGUGUAACACUGGCUUAAAAGGCGAAAAAGACGCACAAGACCAUGCUGCUAAUACGGGGCAUACCCAUUUUACAGAGUAUCAAUAAAUUAACCUAAUAAACAAGUUCCCUCAAUAAAUCUACACGUAGUUUACUGUUUGUCAGGAGAUUGUUAAGAUGUUUGUUAUCAACGAUUCGUAACUGUAGAUCGUCACUCAACAGUGUUUCGUUUUCAAUGAUAAAAAACAACUACUCUCUUCUCAAGAUAAUUCAGCUAAUAUAAUCGUUCACUUCAAGUCAAAGAUCUAAAAACGAAAAAUAAUGUGAAGAAAAGACAGCCGAACCCCCUACACUCAAAUUCGAUUGUAUGUGUAGCCUGAUGUCUAGAUUGUUACACAGUUUAUGAUCAAC